CAUUUAUAUUAACUUUGGCCUGUCAAUAGCAUCGUCAUUCUUGAGCUCAACAAAACAAGGCAAUGGCAGAAGUGAAGCUCCACGGCUUCUGGUCAAGUCCUUUUAGUCAUAGAGUGAUUUGGGCUCUGAAAAUCAAAGGAGUAAAUUAUGAAUACAUAGAGGAAGACCUUUCUAACAAGAGUGAACUGUUAUUGAAGUACAAUCCUGUUUACAAAAAAAUCCCUGUCCUUGUUCAUGGCGGCAAGCCUAUUGCCGAGUCCCUCGUCAUCCUGGAAUACAUUGAAGAAACUUGGCCCAACAAUCCACUACUGCCGAUUGAUCCUUAUGACAAAGCCAUAGCUCGAUUUUGGAUUCAGUUUGGAGUAGACAAGGGUCCGAUUUUCAGUGACUUUUUUCGAUCAACGGGUGGUGAAGAACAAGAGAAAACAACAAAGGAAUUAUUAGAAGCCUUGAAAAUCAUAGAAGAGCAAGCACUUGGGGACAAGAAGUUUUUUGGUGGCAAUGCCAUUAAUUUAGUGGAUAUCUCUUAUGGGAUGAUAGCCUAUUGGUUCAAAAUUAUGGAAGAGGUAAUUGAAGUUAAUGUUCUGGAACCGAACACCUUGCCUCGACUAUGUCAAUGGGCUCAAAACUUUAUGGAAGUUCCUGUCAUCAAAGAGAACAUCCCUGACCGUCAUAAAGUGUUCGCCUAUCUUAGACAUAUUAGGCAGAAGCUUCUCUUGGAACAUCUUAACAAAUAGUUUCAACAGAAAUUCAUAUACUAGUUCUCUCUAUAUAUAUUUAUAAUGUGCUUGUUAUGUUGUAUUGUAAUAUGAAUAAUAGAAUUGUUAGAGUAUGCUCAAAGGCGAAUCAUGAGAUGAUUGUAAUAAUAUACUUAUUUUACCUCGUUUAUUAAUAUAAGACAUUGACAUUAUUAUUUCAGUUUA